UCCAUGGGCAGCCCCUGGAACAGCAGCGCCGGCGCGGACCGCGCGGACGGCGCGCUGCUGCCGUGCGACGAGCGCCUCUGCUCGCCCUUCCCCCUGGAGGCGCUGGUGCCUGUGACCGCCGUGUGCCUGGGCCUGUUCGCCGUCGGGGUGAGCGGCAACGUGGUGACGGUGCUGCUGAUCGGGCGCUACCGGGACAUGCGGACCACCACCAACCUGUACCUGGGCAGCAUGGCCGUAUCCGACCUGCUCAUCCUGCUCGGGCUCCCCUUCGACCUGUACCGCCUCUGGCGCUCGCGGCCCUGGGUGUUCGGGCAGCUGCUCUGCCGCCUCUCGCUCUACCUGGGCGAGGGCUGCACCUACGCCACGCUGCUGCACAUGACGGCGCUCAGCGUCGAGCGCUACCUCGCCAUCUGCCGCCCGCUCCGUGCCCGCGUCCUCGUCACCCGGCGCCGCGUCCGCGCCCUCAUCGCCGCGCUCUGGGCGGUGGCGCUGCUCUCCGCCGGGCCCUUCUUCUUCCUGGUGGGCGUCGAGCAGGACCCCGGCCUCGACGCGGUCCCGGACCUAAACGGCAGCGCCCCGCUCACGCCCUCGCCCCGCACCUCGCCGCCACCGUCGCACCCCGGGUCCUCGCGAGCGCCACCGCUGUCCCCCCCGUCGGGCCUCGAGGCCGCGGCGGCCGCGGCUCUGUUCAGCCGCGAGUGCCGGCCCAGCCCGGCUCAGCUAGGCGCGCUUCGCGUCAUGCUUUGGGUCACCACCGCCUACUUCUUCCUGCCCUUUCUGUGCCUCAGCGUCCUCUACGGGCUCAUCGGCCGGGAGCUGUGGAGGAGCCGGGGGCCGCUACGAGGCCCGGCCGCUUCCGGGCGCGAGAAGGGCCACCGGCAGACGGUCCGCGUCCUGCUGGUGGUGGUUCUGGCAUUUAUAGUGUGCUGGUUGCCUUUCCACGUUGGCAGGAUCAUUUACAUAAAUACAGAAGAUUCCCGGAUGAUGAACUUCUCUCAGUACUUUAACAUUGUUGCUUUGCAACUUUUCUAUCUGAGUGCAUCCAUCAACCCGAUCCUCUACAACCUCAUUUCAAAGAAGUACAGAGCAGCGGCCUGGAAACUGCUGCUGGCUACACAGUCCAGACAGAGAAGUUUCUGCCGAAGCAGGGACACCGAGGGGGACAUGGGAGGAGACGCUGCUGGCUACACAGAGACCAGCGCCAAUGUACAGACGUCGUCAACCAGUACCGCCAAGCAAGUCGCCUUGUCCCACAAUGCUGAGACUUCAGGGAAGACAGGUCUGUAGGGAAAU